GUAUUAAGAGAGCACAAAUCCCCAAUUCAUACAAAAUCGCACUGCCCACCUGCUAGGUUGUGCUGAGUUCGCGGGCGGCUGCCACCUUGCCAAGCUUUGUAUCGACUCAAACCCUAAUUUUGCUUCUUUAGGUAGCUUUUCAGCAUGGCUACGGCUGAGGCAGCAACAUCUUCACUUGGACCACGCUAUGCACCUGAUGAUCCAACUUUGCCUCAACCUUGGAAGGGAUUAAUUGAUGGUACUACUGGAUUAUUGUACUACUGGAAUCCUGAAACUAAUGUUACACAAUAUGAAAAGCCAUCAGCCUUGCCUCCUCCACUGCCACCUGGCCCACCUCCUGCGUCUACUACUCCUAAACUUGCUCCCAUACCAGGGGCUAGUGCUGUGCAAUCAAGUGAUGUUCAAGGCCAGCAAAGUCUUCACAUGCAACAAGGGCAGCACAUGGCACCACUAUUGCAGCAGCAUUCACAAGUAACACAGCAGGGUCCUUCACAAGUUCCGACUGGACAGCAACAGGGAUCACUUGUGAGCCCUACCAUGCAACAGCAACUACACCAUGUACCUCAACAUAGGCCCCAUGGAAUUCAACAGCAAAGUCACCAAAUGGCUACACAACCAGGGCCACAGAUUUCUCAACCAACAAUGCAGCACAUUCCACAGCCACAGGUCCAGCAAGUGCAGCCAUUUCAGGGAGCGCAGACAGGGAAACCCCCAGAUUUUCAAUUUACUCAGCACCAGACUUCACAUGGUUUGUAUCCUCAGAACAUGAAUUCCCAAGGCCAAAAUGUUCCAGAGCAGCAAAAACCUCAUAUCAUGCAAGGACAACAUUUUCCCCAUCAGCAAGAGCAUAAUAUGGAGUUCCGUCAGAGGGAGGAUGUAGAUUUCCCCCAAGGCAAACAAAUUGGGUUUUCACCAUUGCCCUUUCAGUUACCUGGCUCAGCAUCUGGACAGACCCCAACUCUUGGAGCCAAUCCCUCCCUUGGGCCUCAAAUGGCUGUCCAACCCUCUCAAACAAUGCAAUAUAGCGGUUCUUCAGUCAAUAUGCAGCAGCCGACAUCUCAAGUACAGUGGCAGCACAGUGGGACAGAUUCAGUUCACCACCAACAUUCUUCCCGGUUCCAAAGUCAGAUGGGUCCAGGGUCAUCUCAUGGUCAGCAGUUAAAUGUGCCACCACUUGGAUCAAAGACGAGCUAUGAAGAAAACUCACAUGGAAGAGUAGGAAAUAAAUAUUUUGAUAAUACUAGUAAGGAUGGCCAUGCUAUGCCUCCUCAGGCUUCACAUCCCACACUUGCAGCCAUACCCCAUGCAAGAUCUCAGCAUGAGAUGAGGAUGGGGGAUAUAACCGUUCAGAAUCCGGCACAUGGUUUUCCUGGUGGAUUUAGUAAUGCUGGAGGUCCACCUUUGCAUAAUACUUAUGGUCAAGCAACAGGUGGCCCCCAAUUUCCAAAUCAUGCCCAAAUGCGGCCUCCUGCAGCAGUUAUGGGACCUUCAGAUGCUGAGGAUUAUCGUCAAAAACAUGAAGUCUCGACAAUGGGAGAUAAUGUUCCGGAUCCAUUCAUUACAUUUGAAGCUACAGGCUUUCCUCCAGAAAUACUUAGAGAUAUUCAUUUUGCUGGAUUCACAGCUCCUACACCAAUUCAAGCACAAACAUGGCCCAUUGCACUACAAAAUCGGGAUAUUGUAGCGAUUGCCAAGACAGGAUCUGGCAAAACGCUGGGUUAUCUUAUGCCUGCAUUUAUCCAGCUUUCCCGACGGCGCAAUAAUCCCCAGAAUGGGCCAACUGUAUUAGUCUUAGCUCCAACGCGUGAGCUUGCAACACAAAUACAGGAUGAAGCACUAAAAUUUGGACGAUCAUCAAGGGUUUCUUGCACAUGCUUGUAUGGCGGUGCGCCUAAGGGUCCACAGUUAAAAGAGCUGGAGCGAGGAGCAGACAUUGUUGUGGCAACUCCAGGUCGGCUCAAUGACAUCCUUGAUAUGAAGAGGAUUGAUUUUCGACAAGUUUCUCUUCUUGUGCUUGAUGAGGCUGAUCGAAUGCUUGACAUGGGUUUUGAGCCUCAGAUUCGUAAGAUUGUGAAUGUAAUACCUUCCAACAGACAAACUCUUAUGUACACAGCAACCUGGCCUAAGGAGGUUAGAAUGAUAGCUAGUGAUCUUCUUAGAAAUCCUGUCCAAGUGAACAUCGGCAGUGUCAAUGAGCUUGAAGCCAACAAGUCCAUCACGCAGUAUGUUGAACUAGUCCCACAAAUGGAGAAGCAGAGACGCCUCGAACAGAUUCUUCGAUCCCAAGAACGAGGCUCUAAAGUUAUUAUAUUCUGCUCCACAAAAAGACUGUGUGACCAGCUUGCACGAAGUAUUGGACGUAGCUUUGGUGCUGCUGCUAUCCAUGGAGAUAAGUCUCAGGUUGAGAGGGACUGGGCUCUCAAUCAAUUUAGAAGUGGAAGGUCCCCAAUUUUAGUUGCAACUGAUGUUGCUGCAAGGGGGCUUGACAUACGGGAUGUAAGGGUUGUAAUAAACUAUGAUUUUCCAACUGGGAUUGAAGAUUAUGUUCACCGGAUUGGGAGAACUGGGAGGGCAGGUGCAACAGGUGUUUCUUAUACUUUUUUCUCUGAUCAAGACUGGAAAUAUGCAGCUGAUCUUGUUAAAGUUCUGGAGGGUGCCAACCAGCAAGUGCCUCAACAAAUCAGAGAUAUGGCUCGACGCAAUGGCCCCAACUUUGGCAAGGAUCGAGCUGAGAUGAACCGUUCUGAUUCAGGUAUGGAUAAUGGAGUUCGUACACGUUGGGAUUCAGGUGGUCGAGGUGGAAUGAGGGAUGGUGGUUUUGGGGGAAGAGGGAUGAGGGAUGGUGGUUUUGGUGGGCGUGGUGCAGCAAGGGAUGGUGGCUUUGGAGGUGUUGGUGGAAGGGAUGGUGGUUUUAUGGGCCGCGGUGGAAGAGAUGGCAAUUUUGGUGGUGGUCGUGGGGGGAUGAGGGAUGGCCAUUUUGGUGGGCGCGGUGGACGAGUUGCUCCUGGGGGUCAUACAGGUUGGGAUAGGAAUGACCGGGGUCCACGUGAUAGGUUCAACAACUUAGAUUCGAGGGGACGUGGCAGAGGCCGUGGGGCAGGGCGCUUUGAUAAUAGAAGGGACACCUCUAAUAUGAGUAGGGGCAGAGGCCACAGCCCGAGUCCUGAGAGGGUGAGAACAUGGGGUCGUAGCCGAAGUAGAAGUCGAAGCACAAGUAGGAGCCGCAGCCGAAGCAGGAGUUACAGCAGGAGUCGUAGUAGAAGCAGGAGCUGGAGCCGCAGUUAUAGUCCAAGACGGAGCCGCAGUGUCAGCAGGAGCAGGAGUCGCAGCCGCAGCUAUGAUAGAUACCGUAGGAGGCCUCGCGUAAGUAAAUUUGAUCAAAUGGAGGUGCCUGGUGCUGAGGUUGCUCCUGAGCUAGGGAGGCAAUCGGUGGCUGUACAUCCUCCUCCGCAAGGAAGUGGAUUUGCAGGAGGAGCUGCUGAUACGGCAGAGCAGAAAUCAGGUGUUGAGGCUGCUGCUGCUCCUGAAUCUGCAAUGUCCCCCAUGUCUCCAGGUACACAGGGAUUUUCUGGUGCUAACCCUGCCACCCAUUAAUUAAUAAUCCAUAAUUUCAAGGUCUUAUAAAAUACAGCAUACCAAGGAGAUAAAAUUUUUGAUUAGCUGUAACCAAGUUCUUGUGAAGGGGUUCAUUUAGAGACACCCUCAUGUUUGCCUUCUGUCUGUCUGGUCAUCAUCUUCUACUGCCUGCCCCCAGUUGGUCUAAAUCCUGAGUGGAUUCUCCCUUUUGUGUUUCAUUGUUUUGAGAUUCAUUUGAUGGAUGGAUGAAUCUCUGCAAUAUUUUAUUUUAUUUUCCUCCAAUUUUAUUUGCCUCUUCCCCCCAGGGGGAGUUUUCCUCAACAUCAUGUAGAAUAGAAGGCUGGCUUUCACUAUUUUGAUUGUUGUCGUAUUAUUAGACUAGUAGAACUAGUAUAAUUAUAACAAUGCAUGCACCUUUGAACUCAUUGAAAAUGAGAGUUCGGCUACAAAUUAUUUUGUGAACAAAAUACGUUAUUUUAUAUAAAAAAAAAGUCAUUAAUGA